GAGAUACCAAAGAAUAAAACCUAUAUGAUUAAUAUGUAUGAUCAACAACUGUUGUUUUGUUUUUUUUUCUCAUAAAUACCUGCUUGUCACAAGCUUGAUUAGCAGGUGUGAAAGAAUUGCCGCUGCAAGUCACUUACAGAGAGCAAUGAACCAUCUGUCAGCUCUAAGCAGGGGGUGCCUGGAAACAUGCCAUGUGCUCCCAAAAAGUCUCCCAUCCUGAAAAGAGUUUUUCCACCCUUUCUUUCAGGAAAGCCCAAAGUGUACCAAGGUGUCAGAGUAAAGAUCACUGUUAAGGAGUUACUGCAGCAGAGAAGGGCACGACAAGCAGCAACCGGCGCGGCGGUUUCCUGGGGAAGCAACAGCAUCCAGUUUGCAGAGUCUGUGUCUCCUCCUCACCCAGCACCUUUUGAUGCAGAACCCAUCUCUUCAGCUCCCAACUAUUGCCCGUCAAGGCAGUUCUCAAACUGCCUCUCCUGCGAGGAGAGCCCCAGCCACCUGGAGCAGCUGGUGGACUCCUACCUGCAGGCAGAGGCAGCCUUCGAGCCAUCCCUGGGCGCUCUGCAGACACCAUCACAUUACAUCCCUGAUUCCUUCCAGCCAGUCCCUCUCUGCUUCAACCAGGGCUUGGCUGCAGCAUCCCCGAGCCCAGCCGAUCUGCCCAACGCGCUGCCCCACGGCUGCCCUGCUCCCCAGCUGCCCCCAUUCACCCCCCUGACCCACAGCCCACCUCCUGCCCUGGAUCCCACUCCCUACGGCUGCCCAGCAGAAGGCUGGCCCUGCCACCCCCCAUCCCCCUACACGCCCCUCGCCUGCUGCUGUGCUGCCUGCAGCCCCCCACACGCCGACCCCAAGGUCCCGCAACGUUUCCCCUGCCCUGGCACGGACUGCUCGGGCUGCCUGCCACCCACUGACGACUUCUUCAGGAGGGACAGGAGCUGGGACAUCUGUUACAGCUAAUGGAGAGGGGCUGCACGCUGCCUUCGUGUUGGCAUCGUCGCCUGGGAACUGCAUACGGUUGCACUGCCUCCAAUGUACUCAUCACUACUCACACACGGUGUUGUCACUACAUUCAUCCUCCUGUUUUCUGUGGUCAGGGGUAGCUUUUUUUUAUUUGGUCUUUAUUUUAUUUCCUGGUUUUGUUUUUAAGAACUUCCCCCCCAGCUGCCUUGCCAAACUCAUGUCAUCAACACCAGCUCUUUGUGUCACAAAUAAAUAAUUUGGUACUCACAGUGCCCA